AUGAGUGUAUGCCCACACUGUGGAUGUGCGGAAUUCGAUGACGAUGCUGGUCGAGGCGAUAUUGCAUGUGUUGGAUGUGGCGCAUUACUUGAAGAAUCAGCUAUUGUUUCGCAGUUGAGUUAUGUGGAAAAUGCUGGAGGGGGAUAUAAUGUUGUCGGUCAGUUCGUUCCUCAAGACCGACCUCAACCAACUGGCUUAUCAAUAGGUGGUGUAUUUCGUCAAGACUCACGUGAAGUUACAUAUUCGAAAGGAAAGCGUUUGAUAAUCUCAAUCGCUAAUCAACUUCAUAUCACUCCACAUUGUGUCGAUACAGCAUUUAAUUUCUUCAAAAUGUGUGUGUCGCGUAAUCUAACGCGUGGCAGAAUACGAUCUCAUGUUGUUGCUGCUUGUUUAUAUAUUACUUGUCGACUUGAAAAUACUUCGCACUUACUUUUAGAUUUUAGCGAUAUAACUCAGGUUAAUGUUUUUGAUUUGGGUCGCACGCUUACCUUUGUCACUCGAUCAUUAAGGAUUAACCUACCCUCGACAGAUCCGUGUUUAUAUAUUCUUCCAACUCGAUUGGUGCAACGGAUGAAACGCGAUUCGAUUGCAACGGGACGGCGACCAACUGGACUUUGUGGUGCUGCUUUACUUCUUGCAGCUCGGCGUUAUAAUUUCAAUCGUACAAUUAAUGAUAUUGUUAAUGUAGUUCACGUAAGUGAAGCUGUCGUUCGCAAACGAUUGGAUGAAUUUGGGCAAACGCCAUCCAGUGAACUUACAAUUGAUGAAUUUGCAACGAUUGAUUUAGAACGUACCGAAGAUCCACCUGCUUUUCGUUUAGCACGAAAAAAGAAUCAAGAACAGUUGUCUUUAGAGGAAGAAGAAAUAUUAAAAAACUUGGAGUCGGAGAUUCAACCUAUGGAAGAAGAGGUUGAAAAAGCUUUGGAGCAGAAACGACGUGAACGAUUUAAAAAAACAUCUUACGCGAAAAUGUUGGCUGGUCCCUUAUCUAGUGAAAAUUCGCCUGAAAUGUCCAUUGCUGAACAGAUUGUUCGGGACGAGAUAGUCGAAUUCGCUUUUGAGGAAGCUGAACCCAGAUUGGGAAUGUCUUCAUAUUAUGCUCCUUCUCUUCAGAGCCUUGGUAUAUCUGAUCCAUUGAAACCAUCUAGUGAAAAUUUUAGCAGAAUUAACGAUGAUGAAAUUGACACUUAUAUAUUAUCAAAUGAAGAGGUCGAAUUAAAAUCGAAACUUUGGAUGAAAACUUUUUUCAUCUAUUUUCCAUCAUAUUUUCUUUAUAUGGCUCUCUAUAUUUUCUACUGCUCUUGUUCGUUUUUUUUCGAUUACUUUGAGAAAAAAUUAUCGAAAAAAAUAAACUACGAUCUUCUUAAUGUCGAUGAAUUCCCGGAUUUUCUAACUACUGCAUCGGAAUCUGAGCUUAAAACUAAGAUAAAAGAACCAGUAAAAGUUAAUGGUAGCGGCCGUAGUACAGAGUUUUCAUCCAAGAGUCCAAAACAAGAAUUUGGUACUUCGCAGGUUUGUUAUUCUUUAUUUAAAAUUUAA